AUGGCAAGCCACGGUAUAUCGCGUGGGUCAGGCCCGAUAGUUCGGUCAGAAGAGGCGCGACAGAAGGAGCUUCAACAGAUUGCGGAUUACAAAGAUCUAGCCGAUCUGGUGAAUGCAAAGGUUGCAGAGAAGCAGUAUACCAUCGAAGUCUUGGGCCUUGUCACGAAGCUCCUAAACGAAAACCCUGAGUAUUACACGAUAUGGAACCACAGGAGACGCGUCCUGAUAGCCCUCUUGACAUCAGAUGCUCUUGAGCAAUCGCCAGAAGAUCUUUUGCAAGGCGACCUGCAUCUCACCUUUGCGCUGUUACGGAAAUUCCCAAAGUGCUAUUGGAUAUGGAACCACCGAAACUGGCUUCUGCGCGAAGGGGAGGCGUUGAUGGGCGUGGAAGCAUCACAUAAGCUUUGGUCGGGAGAACUGCAACUCAUAAACAAGAUGCUACACGCGGACAGCCGCAAUUUUCAUGCCUGGGGCUAUAGACGAUUCGUCGUGUCGCAGAUCGAACGGCUGGCGGCGUCUGAAGACAUCCUCACGACCGGCACUACACCGAAAAGCCUCACAGAGUCCGAGUUCGAGUACACAACCAAAAUGAUCAAGACCAAUCUUUCCAACUUCUCCGCCUGGCACAACCGCAGCCAGCUUAUACCCAAGAUGCUCUGCGAGCGCGAUGCAGACGCCCAAGCUCGCCGCGCAUUCCUCAACUCGGAACUAGCUCUAAUAUGCGAAGCCAUAAACACGGAUCCUUUCGACCAGUCUAUAUGGUUCUACCACCAAUACCUCCUCUCGAUAUUGUCUCCGUCAUGUCCAUCGGGUUCGCUUGUUGUCCAGGAUCUGACCAACGGCGAGCGACAAAAGUACUACGAGCACGAGAUGGAGUAUAUCACGGAGAUAUUAGAGGACGAGGAGGAUUGCAAGUGGAUAUACGAGGCACUGCUCGGGCUCGCAGAGGCGUACCUGGCGGUAGACGCAGGAACCGGGUCAUUUACAACAAAGGACAUGAAGUCGUGGUUGGACGAGCUGAAGCGUCUGGAUCCGCUGCGGCAGGGGCGGUGGAGCGAUCUCGAGCGUCGACUUGAUCUUUAA